UUGUCACUCGACUGUCAUAGGACGCGAUGGAUCUCACGCUACUGGUUGCUGCACUGGGGCUUCUGCUGGCCUACGGGUACUAUCGUGUGAAAAAAGUGGUGAACUUUUGGGCCGAUCGAAAUGUACCACAUAACCCGAUCAGCUUCGGUAAGAGCCCGGAACAAGGGCUUCACAUGGGCAAGAUGCUACAGAAGCACUACAACCAGUUCAAAGGUCAGUAUCCUUUCGCCGGUAUGUACUUUCUAUUCAAACCACUCGUGCUGGCCAUCGAUCUGGAGUUGUUGAAGUGCAUUUUCGUGAAGGAUUUCCAGUACUUCCAUGAUCGUGGAACGUUUUACAAUGAACGAGAUGAUCCACUAUCGGCGCAUUUAUUCAACUUGGAGGGUAACAAGUGGAAAAAUUUGCGCACAAAGCUUUCGCCGACCUUCACCUCGGGCAAGAUGAAAAUGAUGUAUCCAGCGAUGAUUAAAGCCGGCCGGCAGUUCAGUGAUUAUAUGGAGGAUAAAAUUGCAGUGGAGAGUGAGUUCGAGUUGAAAGAUUUACUGGCUAGAUUCACGACGGAUGUGAUAGGGAUUUGCGCUUUCGGAAUCGAAUGCAACUCGAUGAAGGACCCGAACGCUCAGUUUCGUCAAAUGGGACGACGACAUUUCGAAGAACCACGGAAUCGGCUGAGAGAUUCUGUGUGCAUGGGAGCUCCCAAGCUGGCACGGUUUUUGCGUUUGAAGAUGAUCAAUGCGGAGCUGUCGGAAUUUUUCAUCAACGUGGUACGAGAGACGAUCGACUUCCGGGUGAAAAAUAAUGUUCGAAGAAACGAUUUUAUGGAUUUGUUGAUUGCCAUGAUGAAGGGUGACAAUCCGGAGCUGGGAUCGCUUACCUUUAAUGAAAUUGCUGCCCAAGCGUUUGUUUUUUUCGUCGCCGGCUUUGAAACCUCAUCGACGACGAUGACUUGGGCGUUGUAUGAACUUUCCGUCAAUCAGGACAUUCAGAGCAAAGGCAGACAGUGCGUGGAGGAUGUUCUCGAAAAGCAUAAUGGUGAUCUAACCUACGAAGCGAUCAUGGAAAUGACUUAUAUCGAUCAGAUUCUGCAAGAGACUCUUAGAAAAUAUCCCCCUGUACCGGUUCAUUUCCGAGUAGUAACUAAAGACUAUCGGGUACCCAACACCAGUACGACCCUUUCGGCGGGUACCCGUGUUUUGAUCCCGGUGUACGCCGUCCAUCAUGAUCCGGAAAUUUUCCCUGAUCCGGAACGGUUCGAUCCGGAUAGAUUCACGCCGGAAGCAAUCGCCCAACGCCACCCGUACGCUUGGACUCCGUUUGGGGAGGGUCCCCGAAUCUGCGUUGGUAUGCGCUUCGGCUUGAUGCAGGCGCGAAUUGGACUGGCUCUGCUGUUGAAGAGCUUCCGCUUCUCCAGCGGACAGAAAUCAACCGUACCGCUCGAUUUCACCCCGAAAAGUUUCAUUUUAAGUCCGGAACAGGGUCUUUGGUUAAAGGUGGAUAAAGUUUAAGCACGAAUUUCGCGCUAUUUUUGAUGAUUUUACUAGAAUUAUCUGUAGCAAACGAAACGUUUAAUAUAGAGAAUAAAUAUUCAGUUAUUUGAAAUGAAAA